CCGGUGGCGACCUCAGCUGCCUAAGCUGGCCUAACCAUGUUAAUUCGUGUCUCGCGACAUAACCGAUGAUAUUAUUAUUGUGAGCGAACUUCGUCAUUGAUAAUCGACGCGACGAUUGAUAAUCAACGUGUUUAAUAACCCUCGUGGUUAAUAGUCAGCUCGCCCGCGAAUUUUCGGUAUAUGUGAUCACCGCGAGUACAGAGCUAAUUCGAGAAGAAGAAUUCCACGUCGAGCGUUGUCGCUGUAGCUGCCGCUCACACGCGCCGAACCAAGUAUCCGCGUAGCGUGUUUAACUUCUUGUCGAGAAUUUCCGUUGGGGAGGUGAUGAAGCGCAUCCACCUCGUUCUUGUCGCUCUCUUUGCCUUCCGCUAGAAGAACAACGUUAAGUAAGGCUCAUCACGAUAUCUUGGAUAUGAGACGUAGAAAUAGCGAAAAGCAAGAAGAGAUACACUUGCAGAGUGGAUGUCCACGGAAGAAAUGCAAAGGAGAAUGAUAAACAUUACGAUGCGUUGCAUUGUCACGCAUGAACAAUUAUCAUAGUUCAUAUCACAUUGCUAUUGAGGAGCAGCUUGAAGAUAUUUGGCAAACCAACAUUUUUGGGGCAACAUUGUCACACUGCAUUUUAUAUAUUUCAUGUAUAGUAAUAGAAAUAAUUUUUAAAAGGAUAGCAGUGUAUAAUGGUGUACAAAAAUAAUUUUUUUAACAGAGAGUAAAUUUAUUAUUUUUAAUAAUUGCAAAUCAAUGUGUGAGAAUUCUAUGUGCCCAAUAAGAAGAUAAACUAUAUUGUUGAGUACACAAAGAUCGACUUUCCUAAAUAAUGCUCAAAUAGUUGCGAGUAAUUUGAAAUUACGCAUAAAAUAAAUGCCUUCCUUGAUUGCUAUGAAGUGAUAAAAGAAAAAGUGCUUUGAAUUUCUGAAUAGAAUGCAUAAAGGCCAAAAGAAAUUAUGUUUUGUGAUUAUAGUGUUGCACAAAAUCAUUCAUGUUUGCUACAUACAAUGUGUGACUAACGAGCAAAUAACUUGCAUACGUUUUUCUACGAAAACGAUGAUCUGCUGAUGUUGAUGAUUAUUCCUUCAUAAACAUCCACUGACACAUCUUUGAAGAUCGGAAAUAGCACGUUGGUGUCGUCUUAUGCGACUUCAGAAUCCAGUGGAAGACUUUGUGCCUGAUACAAAAGAUACAAUUGACGAAGCCCUAAUGCUGAAAGGAAGCUUGUCACCGUACCUUGACACUCACAAUGAAGAAGAGUCGUCUUAUGUAACACUCAGCAAUGGGCCAUAUGCGUAUGUAGCCGAUUCCACGAGCGCAGAACACAACUCUUACAAUCACAUCCUUGUAGAUGUGUAUUUUGUAACACCUAUCCUUUGCAAACACUGUGAAGAUUAUAUCUGGGGAACUGGCAAAGUGGGAACCAAAUGCAAAGAGUCAUUUUUAGCGCCCAAUGCGCUAAAUGGAAAUAAGAAAAGUCACAGUAAGCGAGUCAAUAGUGGAAUAUCGUGUCGGCGGAUGAUGCAUCGUUACAUCUCUCAAGGGUGCAUGUGCAGCAGCGCAGGUGAAAAUGGCGAUGUCGCAACAGUUACGGCUGUUGACCGGCUGUGAAAGAACGAAAGUCAUGUUCUUCUUGACUUGUUGCAAGACUUUCUCAUUUGUUUGUUUAAUAAUAAUCUUUUAGUCAAGUUGAGUUGGUUAUCGAUUAUAUUUUCAUUAUAAUUAAUUCAUCAAUUUCAUUUCUCUCUCUUCUAACUUUUUGAAACAAAUUUAAUAAAAUUCUUAUUUUUCUUUUGCCUAUAUAGUCUGUAUAUUAAAUGAAACAACAAACUUUCUUUUUUUUUU